GGAUGAGCAUUUUGUAAGAUGGGUCGAUAGUGGAUGAUUGUCGCCGACAGUCAAACGAUUCUGGGGAUAUAGCAGUCGGCUCAACAACUUUUGGCAGGUUGCAGCGCAUGCAAGCACAUGCAUAUAAACAAACCAGUCUAAACACAGCAGCGUCCGGUCUGAAAGCGUUUGUGUCGCAACUGGCAACUUUCCCUCUUCACCAAUAUUAAAAAAACAAUUUAAAGGUUUUUUUUUAAUCUAUCUCUUCUGGUCUGACCAUCUUUUAAAGGCAAGAUGAGCACAGCUGAGAAAAUUUGUAUUUUUAUCUUUCUGUUACAAGGUGUUUGUUGUAAAGAUUUCAGCAUCAGUCUGUCAGAGAAGAUUGAAGCUCUCAGUGGAUCCUGUGUGAUCAUAAACUGCUCUUUUGAGAUUGAAGACUAUUAUGAUCAAUUCCUCAAUGAGACGGAUGCUACAGGAGUUUGGCUCAAAGAUGGGACACAUGCAGAUAUCAAUCAAGUGUUUAACUCCAGAAAUCCCAAACCUGGUCACUUGAGUGGAAAAAUAACUGGAAAUCUACACGAAAAGAACUGCACAACUAUCUUUUAUGAUGUUAGUUCAAGAGACAGUGGAAGUUAUUACUUCAGGAUUAUGAGUGGUAAAGGUCUGAGUUACAACUAUAUACAUCACUUCUCCACUAUAAAUGUCAUUGAGUCUCCUCCUAAACCCAGAGUGCAGCUGUAUGUGGAUGAGGAGAAGAGGCAGGAUCAGGAGGAGGUGUUGGAGGGGAGCUCUGUGAGUCUGCGCUGCUCUGCUGAGACUCUCUGCUCCUCUUCUCCAGCGACUCUCACAUGGAGCUCCACUCCCAGAAUCCCCCUCAAUGACAGCAGCAGACUACAGGAGCUCAUCUCUGAUCUCAAGUUCACUGCUACUCACCGAGAGCACAGAGUCACUUUCACCUGCACUAUAACCUACCAGAUACAGGACCAGAACAAAACAGCUCAGGACAGCAUCACGCUACUCGUUCAGUAUUCUCCUAAAGACACAUCAGUGUCUGUGUUUCCCUCCAGCUCUGUGUUGGAGGGCAGUUCAGUGACUCUGUCCUGCAGCAGUGAAUCAAAUCCAGCAGUGAUGAACUACACCUGGUCCAGAGAGAGAGAAGGACAGUUGGAGCAGCUGCAGACGGGACAAAAUCUUACCUUCAAUAGGACCGACCCGACACACAGAGGCUGGUACCACUGUACAGCUCAGAACCAACAUGGAGCCCAAAACUCAUCUGUGAUGCUGGACAUUCAGUAUGCUCCUCAGAUCUCCACUUCCUCCAGCUGUAUUAGUGGAGAUGUAACGGUGUGUUUGUGUGAGGCUGAUGGGAAUCCCUCUCCUGAACUGGAGUGGCAUCUGUCUGGACGUCCUGUCACUAACUCUUCAAACAAGUUCAUCAGUGAAGAGCGAUUGAGCAGCACAGGCUUGAGGAGCUCCAUCACUCUCCAUCAGUCUCUCACAAACACAUCCACUCUGCUGUGUGUCAGCAGAAACACUCGAGGAUCUGAUAAACAACUGUUUCACGUGGUUUUCAUUACUCAAAAAGCUCCAGGUUUUUACAUGUAUCCCCUCCUGAUUGGGAUCUCAGUUGGAACUGUGUUUAUGGCAAUCUUAUGGGUCACAACACUUCUGUACACAUGGUUAUGCAGAACCCAAACUGGAGGUAAAGCUGGACUGAUCCAGACUGAUGGGGCUGAUUCGGGGGACAGUAGGGGAGAGCCUUUUUAUGCCAAUAAAGUUGUGUUGUCCUCAGCUGAAGACCCAGCGCUAAAUCAUCCAGAACCCCUACAUUAUUCAACAAUUAACUUUACAAGCACCAGUCCGGAGGCAAACGGCAUCAGAGGCAUCUCUUCUCUUACUAGCGAUUACGCCGUGGUCCGAUAUUGUGGUCAAAAUGUAAAAGGUAGCGAGGAGAAGAACGGCUGGGUUUCCUCGGUGCCACACGGUGAAGACCUUUACCAGGUUCCUCGCAAAGCAGCUGCCGAAGUAAAACAGGAGGGUCAGGGCCACCAGUGGUUUCUUUCCUUCAUCCGGGACAUUGUACUGAUUAUGGCCGAUGGUCUAUGUUUCUCGUUGAAUGAAAGAAUGAACAUCUGGACAGCAGAGAAAAUUAUUCUUCUCAGUUUUAUUCUAAAAGGUGUUUGUUGUAAAGAUUUCAGCAUCAGUCUGUCAGAGAAGAUUGAAGCUCUCAGUGGAUCCUGUGUGAUCAUAAACUGCUCUUUUGAGAUUAGAGACGAUUAUGAUCAAUUCCUCACUGAGAAAGCUGCUACAGGAAUUUGGCUCAAAGAUGGGACACAUCUAGAUAACAAUCAAGUGUUUAACUCCAUAAAUCCCAAACCUGGUCACUUGAAUGGAAAAAUAACUGGAAAUCUACACGAAAAGAACUGCACAACUAUCUUUUAUAAUGUUAGUUCAAGAGACAGUGGAAGUUAUUACUUCAGGAUUAUGAGUGGUAAAGGUCUGAGUUACAACUAUAUACAUCACUUCUCUACUAUAAAUGUCAUUGAGUCUCCUCCUAAACCCAGAGUGCAGCUGUAUGUGGAUGAGGAGAAGAGGCAGGAUCAGGAGGAGGUGUUGGAGGGGAGCUCUGUGAGUCUGCGCUGCUCUGCUGAGACUCUCUGCUCCUCUUCUCCAGCGACUCUCACAUGGAGCUCCACUCCCAGAAUCCCCCUCAAUGACAGCAGCAGACUACAGGAGCUCAUCUCUGAUCUCAAGUUCACUGCUACUCACCGAGAGCACAGAGUCACUUUCACCUGCACUAUAACCUACCAGAUACAGGACCAGAACAAAACAGCUCAGGACAGCAUCACGCUACACGUUCAGUAUCCUCCUAAAGACACAUCAGUGUCUGUGUUUCCCUCCAGCUCUGUGUUGGAGGGCAGUUCAGUGACUCUGUCCUGCAGCAGUGAAUCAAAUCCAGCAGUGAUGAACUACACCUGGUCCAGAGAGAGAGAAGGACAGUUGGAGCAGCUGCAGACGGGACAAAAUCUUACCUUCAAUAGGGCCGACCCGACACACAGAGGCUGGUACCACUGUACAGCUCAGAACCAACAUGGAGCCCAAAACUCAUCUGUGAUGCUGGACAUUCAGUAUGCCCCCCAAAACAUGUCAACUUUAGCAAUUCCCUCCAGCUCUGUGUUGGAGGGCAGUUCAGUGACUCUGUCCUGCAGCAGUGAAUCAAAUCCAGCAGUGAUGAACUACACCUGGUCCAGAGAGAGAGAAGGACAGUUGGAGCAGCUGCAGACGGGACAAAAUCUUACCUUCAAUAGGACCGACCCGACACACAGAGGCUGGUACCACUGUACAGCUCAGAACCAACAUGGAGCCCAAAACUCAUCUGUGAUGCUGGACAUUCAGUAUGCUCCUCAGAUCUCCACUUCCUCCAGCUGUAUUAGUGGAGAUGUAACGGUGUGUUUGUGUGAGGCUGAUGGGAAUCCCUCUCCUGAACUGGAGUGGCAUCUGUCUGGACGUCCUGUCACUAACUCUUCAAACAGGUUCAUCAGUGAAGAGCGAUUGAGCAGCACAGGCUUGAGGAGCUCCAUCACUCUCCAUCAGUCUCUCACAAACACAUCCACUCUGCUGUGUGUCAGCAGAAACACUCGAGGAUCCGAAAAACAACUGUUUCCUUUGCUUCAGAAGUCAGGUUUCCAUCAUUUGUCUUUUUUGGUUGGAGCAGCUGGUGGGGCUACUGUGAUGAUGAUCUUGUGUGGCAUUUUAUUUAUCUGUGCAAGAAGAGAAAGCAACACAAGACGAGACGGACUCAUUCUGACUGACUUGGAGGAUGAGCGUGACCCUGUUUAUGCCAAUAACAUGCUGUCACCAAAUGGAGCUGUCACCCAGAGUCAUAGAAGAGACUCCCUCCAUUAUUCUUCCAUUGACUUCAGAAACGUCCAACCAGAGUCAGAAGAGAUAAGAGGCAUGUCCUCGCUGACAACUGAGUACGCCGCCCUCCGAUGUUAUCCCGGUGGAGUAUCGGAAGCAGAGAGCUCAACAGGAGCUGAUCAGCCCAACAGCAGCAUCUCAGCUGUUAUGACGUCUGAGGAAAAUCCAACCAUACAGGAAGAGCAGGAGGCAAAUAUCAGGGAAGAGUUCUCCCAGCCGUCAGAAGAUACAAUAUAUGAGAGCAUCACCCACUGAGCUAGAAUUACUCACACAGUCAGUGUUUUGACAUGUCAUUAAAAAAAAAUAUUUUUUUAAAGCUUUCAAAAAACAGUAAAAAGUAAAAAAGUGUGUGUGUGUGAGAGUGUGUGUGAGAGUGUGUGUGAGAGUG